AGGAGUGUACAAAUGGACAGUGCCCUUUGCAGUGAGGACUGGAGGGAGGUGGUGAGUGACCGGCUCUGCUUUGUUUUUCCAUCCGUACGGUAGGUUUUGGAUUUGGGGACCCCUUUGAAGAUGAAGCCGAGGCUCCUAUUGGUCUUAGCAGCCCUUUUCGGCAUUUCUUUGGCUUGCACAGCAGAGCCAUCCUCUUUCAACGACACGGGGGUCGUCUGCCGGCUCACCAAGCCAGCCGCGCUCGUGCUGAAUGAGCAAACGGCGCAGGUCAUUCAAAUGGCGUUCCGACACGCAGACUACCCAGAUAUCAAAGGGGAGAAGUCUAUGAACUUUCUGGGCAAAAUUGCUUAUGGAUUAACAAACAUCCACAUCAAUGACCUGACCAUAGAAAACACGGAGGUUGACUUCAAGGAAGGUGACGCCAUUGAUAUUGAAAUCUACAAUGUCUCUGCCUCCUUCCAAGGAACCCUGAGCUAUGGCUACCUGGGCGCCUGGCUGUUGAAGCUCAUCCAUAAUAUUGACUUUGAAAUUUCUUCCUCCAUUGAUCUCCAGAUCAACACUAAGUUGGCUUGUGAAAAUGGGCGCGUGAUGGUGGACACUUCCGACUGUUAUCUCACCUUCCACGAACUGACCCUGCAUCUCCAAGGAGACAAAGACCCAGGAUGGCUAAAGCAGCUUUUUACAAAUUUCAUCUCUUUUACCUUGAAGCUGGUUCUCAAAAACCAGGUGUGCAAAGAAAUCAAUUUCCUGGCUCAGCUGUUGGCAGAAUUCGUCCUGGAUACAGCAACAAAUUUUCUCCAAGACGGAGACAUAGGAGUGGAUAUUUCUCUGAUGACGCACCCGGUGAUAAAAGCAAACUACUUGGAGUCGUACCAUAAGGGCCUUCUCCUAUACAAGAAUCACUCCGGCAUUUUCCAAGAGACGGUGUUCGCGCCAUCUUUGCUUUCCGAAUCCCGAAUGCUCUACUUCUGGUUUUCGGACCACGUCCUCAACUCCUUGGCCUUGGCGGCCUUUCUGGACGAACGUCUGGAACUGACUAUCGGAGGAGAAGAGUUAAAGGAAAUGUUUGAAAGUGAAGAGUUGAAACCUCACCAAGGGAUUGUGCGAGAGAUUUUUCAGGGUGCUUCCUACAAUGACUCCGUUGCAAAAGUGUGGAGCCUUGGUCCUCCGCAGAUUUCCCUCCAACCAGAAGGGACCGUAGUAGAGUCCUCCGUGGCGGUGGAGCUCGGCAUUUCUCCAAAGGACAGAGAGCCUUCGACGGUCCUCUACUUCGAAAAGGACAUCACCGUCACAAUCCAAGCGUCGUAUGUGCAAAAGAAGCUAGUCUUGCACCUCUCUCAUGCCAUGAUAGAACCCAGAAUAUUUAAAAGCUCUCCAGAGAUAACUGUGAAUGACGAGACACUCCGGCACAUUUUGGAGAAAAUCAUUUCCGUUGCUGGGAUCCCAGAAGUGAUUUCAAGAAUCGAGCCGACUCUCACCUCCCUGAUAGACAGCAAAGGACUCUACCUGUUUGAAAUUAAAGACCCCGAGAUAAUAACCCAAAAGGGCUACUUCAUCAUCCAGCUGGACUUUGCGUUCCCACACCAUUUGCUCAUAGAUUUUCUGAAGAGGACUUUAUAGAGGGAACCCCAUAAGAAGAAUCAACCCAACUGUGACCCAUGACUAAGGAAGAUGGUCCCAUUAGGUUGUUUGCCUUUCCUUGUAAAAAAUCCAUAAAAAAUUUCCCCCCAGAAA